AUGUCUGUUUCCACACUCACUCAAGCUCAACGUGAUCAACUUUUAUCUCCAUUGCUCUCAUCCGGAUGGACCAUGGUUGACAACAGAGACGCCAUCAUCAAGAAAUAUUCAUUCCAAGAUUUCAACGAAGCUUUUGGUUUUAUGACACGUGUUGCAUUAAAGGCUGACAAACUUGAUCAUCAUCCCGAGUGGUUCAAUGUCUACAACAGAGUUGAAAUUACAUUGUCUACUCAUGAUUGCCAAGGCUUAUCUACUAGAGACAUUGAGCUUGCUACAUUUUGUGAUAAAGCCCAGAAAUAG